AUGGAUUUUGUUAGUAGAUUACCUUUAAACCCCACUAAGAAAGAUUCAGUUUGGGUCAUCGUUGAUCGGUUGACCAAAUCCGCUCAUUUCAUUCCUAUCAGAAUAGAUUAUUCACUGCAGAAGUUAACUAAACUGUAUAUUGCUGAAAUUAAGAGACUGCAUGAGAUUCCAGUCUCAAUUAUCUCUUAUAGAGUUCUACGAUUCACAUCUCGGUUCUGGAAGAAACUUCAUGAGGCUUUAGGCACUCGACUUAAUUUCAGUAUUGCGUAUCAUCCUCAGACCGAUGGACAGUCUGAACGAUCUAGUAUUCAGAUGGCACUCUACAAGGCUUUGUAUGGUCGUAGGUGUUGUACUCCUCUAUGUUGGACAUUGUUAAGCGAACGUCGAGUUUUGGGUUCCGAGCUAGUGUCUAAAAUUGAGAAUACUGUCAAAUUGAUCCAUGACCGUCUUAAAGUCUCUUUUGAUCAACAGAAAUCUGAUGUCGAAUUAAAGAGAAAGGACAUUGAGUUUUCUGUAGGUGAUCAGGUGUUCCUAAAAGUGUCAUCAUGGAAGAAGGUUCUCCAAUUCGGACACAAGGGCAAGUUGAGCCCGAGAACUACUAUCAGAGUUGAACAGAUUCAUGAGAUAUUUCAUGUCUCGAUGUUGAGACGGUAUUGGUCUGAUGCAUCACACAUUGUUCCUGUCGAUGAGAUCGAGUUGCGACCGAAGUUAACGUUUAAGGAGGAACCAAUUCAAAUUAUAGAUCAUGACGUUAAGAUGUUGAGGAAGAAAACUGUUCCUCUGGUUAAGGUUUUGUGGCAAAAUCACGACACGGAGGAAGCUACUUGGGAACCUGAAGCUUAG